AUGCUUCUCGAGUCCCUCACGGUGCCCGCAGAUCUGCCGUCCGUCUUUGCCCGCGUCACCGCCCUCACCUCCCUCACCUUCGACCGCUCUUGUGGACACUCCGGCGCCCACCCCGCCUGCUGCGAGGGCCUCGGCCGCCUGGCGCGCCUGAGGCGGCUCGACGCGGGGACCCUCUAUUGGCACGUCUACCUGGCCGGCAGAGGCCUGGAGCACUGCUCUCGCCUGACGCAAAUCCGACUGGACAACGCCGUCAGCCGCUUGCAAGACGGCGACGGCGUGCUUGAAAUCCUCGAGGGGCUCCGCUCUCUGAGAUCCUUGGACGUGUCCGGCUGCCGGUUGCACGCGUCCAAGGUUGCGACGCUGGCGGCGCUCACGGAGCUCAGCGUGUCCGUCGCGCCGGCCGCGGCUGACGGGGACGCGUGGCGGCUGCCCGGCAGCUUCUCUCAGCUGUCCAUUCUCGUCAGGCUCAGCCUUGACCUCUUUUUAGGCGCCAGCAGUGGCGCCGACUCUGACCCGUCCGUCGCCACCACGGGCAUCUCGGUGCUGUCGUCGCUGCCGGCGCUGCGUGAAUUGUCCAUCGACUGGACGCCCGGCGACCGCCGCGCCGUCCCGAUGCGCGAGCUGAACCUCAUUACGCAGAUCACGGCGCUGUCGCUGACCUCGGACGCAUACGGGGAGGACCUGGCGGUGGCCGAAGCACUGCCGACUACGCUGGCGGGGCUGAGGAGCCUGAAUGUGCAGGUUUGCGGCGCGAGGCUCGUCGCCUCCCCCAGGGACAGCGGUGGCAGCAGUGCGGGCGCGUCACUGGCGUCGCUCACGCGCCUUGAGGCGCGCGUUGGCUCGGGCGCCUGCGAGCUGUUGUCCCCGCGGCUGCUGCCCUCAAGCCUCCGCGCCUUGUCGCUGCGCGCCGACGACCCCGACGACGAGGCCGCGGCCGCGGCGCUGCUGGCCGCGCCCGCGCCGCCAGCGCCGGCGCUGCGGCGGCUGGAGAGCCUCGAGCUUCGCAUGCUGCUGCGCGCCGCCGCGUGGCGCGUGCCCGCCUGGCUGCCCGCGCUGGCGGGUACAUUGGAGUCUGUCCGACUCCCCGGCAUCAUCGGGCAGCUGGAGGAGAUGAGAUCUCGCGUCCAAGGCGAUAUCGCGGCACUGGAUGAUCUCGCGAAGAUGGGGGUGCGUGAGAUCAAGGUGGAGUUUGCCGUCAAGGACGCCCUCGAGGCAGCAGCCGGCCGGCCAAGGACCAGGAGCUCGUGGGUGCUGCUGCCGCCGCCGCCGCGACCGAGGGCAGAGCUUCUGGCUGCGAGCGACAAGGGCGCCGCGGCGGUCGGCGCGGCGGCGCGCGCGUUCCUGCGAGACUGGGAGCACCUGUUGGUGCUUGUUGAGUCGCGCCAAUGA